GUCAGCGCCGGUGGACGCCGAGUGCACACCACUCGAUGAUCAUAUCCCCUCUUUAGCUAUAUGGAUGCUUAUAUAUAAUGCUAUUUUAUUUAAAGCAUUUUAGUGACAACAAUACUUUGGUUUCAGACAUUUACAAAUAGCUGAACCGUUCGCACGAUCCACAAUCUUAAAAGUUUAUCUCCACCAGUCAAAUACACUUAAAUAAAAUAAAUAUGGUUUACUCUUCGGACUUUUACACUUCCCGCAGACCGGCGUACUACAAACCAGCCAGUUCUUAUUCAGUCACUCCACUGUACUCGUCCGAUGGCUAUGAUUUGCCACCUACCUACUAUAAGGCGCAUCAAGUUUAUCAGACGAGUACUACACCUACUCCAUUUAUUUUGACACCGUCAUUAUCGACCGGGAAACCAUCUCCAAAUGUUUUACCUUACAAUGGUUAUCCUUAUAAUCACCAUCAUUACGUACCAAUGCACAGAAGAUCCGCAGCUACUAUUCAUGGUGUUUUAGAUAGGAUAGAACAUCGUCCAAGAUCUCAUCCAUCGUACGACCCUACUGAUGAAUAUCUGAACUCUAGAAGUUCUACAAACUUUGAUGAUGUUACAAGAGACAUCAGAGCUCAAACCGCUGGGUUGCUUAAACAAGUAUACACUCCUACAAUCAGGCCCAAAAUAUCCUCGGUGUCUAAUGGAUAUGGUAGUGAAUUACCAGUAUCUCAACGCAUAGAAUCUGAUGCUUAUAUUGAAAAAAUCCUUUCUGACUCAGAUUCUUAUCGCCGCGAUAAUAACAUUGGUAAAGGACACUUGGCUUGCGUUUCAUAUGCUGGUGGCAAAGCAUACCCUAGGAGAAGGCCACAUUUGUCAAAAGAAGUUGAUGACAAUAUCACUAUGUUGUCUUAUUACAAUAAAACAAGAGAAGCUGUGGCGGCAUCCUCAACAAAUCCAACAGUUAAAGUAAAUAACACGGACACAUCAGGGAAUAACUAUCGGGGAAAAAACUUUGGAGAUGAUAACAAAUAUAAUUUUAACAAGAAUGAGUCCACGCCUAACAAGAAUUUAGCAGCCGAAAAGGAAGCAGCUCAAUCAGCAGCUGAAAAAGAAACCACACGGAUACUAGCUGAAGAGAAAGUAGCUAAAGAAGAAGCAGCUCGAUUGGCCGCUGAAGAAGACGCAGCUAGAGUAGCGGUUGAAGAAGAAGCAGCUCGAGUAGCGGCUGAAGAAGAAGCAGCUCGAGUAGCGGCUGAAGAAGAAGCAGCUCGAGUAGCAGCUGAAAAAGAAGCAGCUAGAAUAGCGGCUGAAGAAGAAGCAGCUAGACUAGCAGCUGAAGAAGAAGCGGCUAGACUAGCAGCUGAAGAAGAAGCGGCUAGAAUAGCAGUGGAAGAAGAAGCGGCUAGACUAGCAGCUGAAGAAGAAGCGGCUAGAUUAGCAGCUGAAGAAGAAGCAGCUAGAAUAGCAGCUGAAGAAGCAGCGGCUCGAGUAGCGGCUGAAGAAGAAGCAGCUCGAGUAGCAGCUGAAGAAGAAGCAGCUCGAGUAGCGGCAGAAGAAGAAGCAGCUCGAUCAGCAUUAGAAAAAAAUGUUGAAGAAACCGAAGAAACUCAACAAGUAGUCAAAGAAACAGAAGAAGAAAUUGAUCAAUCUGAACAACAGACAGAUUUGUAUGAGAAAAUUGGAGAUAUAAGCUCAGAAUCUCAAGAAACUAAUGCUGCUGCGAUUGCACAAUCGUCAACCAUAACCACCUCCACUGAAAUAAUUAACGAAGAUGAAGGUGGAGUUAAAACUACAGCAGUAUUUCAACGAACAAUCAAACAAACUACUACCAUAACAAGUAGUACCUCUGUUGUGUCUGAAAACGAUGAUGAUGAUACUAAUACAAAGGUUGAAAUACACGAGAUAGUUGAAGAAAAUGGUGAAAGUGGUGAAGACGAUCAUGAUACCGAGCAUCUAGAUGCUGCUCAAGCAGAAGGACAAGAAUCAUCUGAGGAAGAAGACGAAUCAGAAGAGGAAGAGGAGUCCGAAGAAGAAUGAAAAAGUUCACUAAACUAAAUUAUAUUUUUAUUUAUAUUAUUUAUUUCAAGAUUACUUAUUGUAAUCAUUUAAUUUAUAUAGGUUAAGUCUCUAUGCACAUUACACAGUGUUUUAAUUAUUAAUAAUUUUUAAACAUUCAAUAUUAUUUAUUAUGUUACAAUAUAGACUAUGAAGAAUUUUUGCAUUUAAAUAGUAGGUAUACAAUUUAACAUCUUCAGAAUUGUCAUUUAUUUAUCAUAAAAAAAUAAAAAUAAAAAUAAAUAUAUUUAAAUUA